AUGUCCACAGCGAAAGUUUCGGCGCGUACCCUAGCCGACAGCAUCAGAACUGCAGUUGCUUCCAUCUCAACUUGCACUUCUACAACCACCAACAGCUUACAAGAGCUCUUGAAUCCUCUACCGACCACAGAAGACCAGAAGGAGAAUGUCAGACUCAAGAGCUCGCGAUCGGUCACGGUCACCGCUACUGCACGAACAAAAAUACCGCCGAGAACGAAGGCCAAGGCCAAGGUAGCAGUGGUUGAAGUCGUCGAAGAACUAGAACAACCCCUAUUACCAAAGGAGAAAUUCGUUCUGGCUACCGAUGUAGUCAACAGUACCCUGAAGUCUCUUAGCGAUGCCCUCAAACCUCAGUCAAAAUCCCUUAGACGGGUCGAUUCUGCGAAAAGCCAUGCUUCAACAACAGCUGCUCACGCGCGCAACCCUUCUUCGACUUCGCAAGCACAUGCGCCGCUAUCACGAAGCUCCUCAUACUCUCAGAAGCCCCUCCAGGAACGAAGUGUCACCGAUCUGACGAAUUCACCACGAAAGAAAUCAUCCCUUCGACGGUCAUCCUCAUACUCUUCAUAUUCAAGGUCAGGGCCUGCCCCUGGUAUCAUAGCGGUUGGAGAGUGUGCGAGAAUAGCAUUCCAAUAUUUGAGGACUUCUGAGGCAGCGAAACUUGCAGGAAAAGGAAUGCCAGCGUUGCAGUUGGAAAGUGGAAUGUUGGCUUUGAUUGGGAAGUUGCUUGCACAUGGGCUGGAUGGCGCGGCAAUUAAAGAACUGCGCAUUCUGAAGAGACGGUUAGAGACAUACAUGGGCAGUAAUGAGGAGGAGACGGGUACAAAAAGUUUGAAGCGCAAACCUGCGACCAAGACGCCCACCCCCCAGCCAGAGGAGACGCUGGCCACAUUGUUGCAUUUUGCCAAUGUCGACACAAGUAGCCUCGCACUACCUAUAGUCGUGAGCUAUCAAACACAUGUAUUGCGAGCAAUUGCGGCAUCAAAGCGACCGAAUGUCAUCAAUGCGGCUCUUGGAUACCUCGCAUUCUCUCAACAGUCCUCUCCAGCAAACCUGAUAUCGCACCUUGCGAAAUCAAUCGAAUCCGUCAGCAAGUUGGCUAGGCAGCUUGAGUCCCUAGCCCAGGCUAUCCUCUCGUUGUGCCCCAGCGUAUCUAGCUCUGAAGAUACGUUGGCGUGCAAUGAACAGCUCAGGCCAAGUCCCGAUGUAACAUUCCAGCUGCAAUCACUAGCUUUCCAAAUCCGUCAAAGAUGGUGGAGACUUGCGAAACAUGAGGGCGACCUUGGAAAGGAACUUUUGGAGCCAUUUGCGAAGUGCCUCUCUACUUUUGCGCGGCGAUCUUCAAGUCUAGCAUCAGAAAAGUAUGAUCUGGCUAGAAAGGAGUUCCAGGAAAUCCAGGACGGGGCCUCGAUAUAUAGCCAUAGCUCAUCUGCGUUCGCCGCGAUUACCCGCACUUUGAGCUCGCUCGCUCAGGCGGCAUCUUUGACCGACGAAGCUCUUCAAUGGGCGGAAUCUCCCUCCCCUCAAAAAGCCGCAUCUAGUUCUGCGUCAAGAUCAGCUGCACGACUUGUCCGCUGUGCAGCGUUGUCCUUAGAGUCGAAGCUUCUGCAGGGCCAGGAUAUCGAUAUCGAAGAACCGAUUGGAGAGGCACUAGCUUCACUAGGCGGUAGCCUGUCAGGCGGUUCUAAUGAUUUGGAUACGCUUUUCACGGAGGUGGUUGGACUUCGGCGCAUAGCCACCAGAGUGUUAUCUGCAACCACGUUAUUGAAUCGAUCCACAGCGCCUUCACCAUCGACUUCCCUUCAACUUCUCUUUUCCCUCGUAUCUGCUUGCACUCGAUUUGUGGCUCGGUAUGUCGGAAAGGUGCCUGAUAUCGCGGACGCCAAGGCCCUAAUCCGACAUGGCGAGCGGAUCAAUAUGGCCUUGAAAGUCAUUAAAGGAAUCACCGAGUCCGUCACCUUGGCCUCCAAACUAUCAGUCUCAUCACAGACGGUUUCGUGGGAUGAGCUCGACACCAUCCUCCAAAGCUAUACCUCUGUUCUUCUUGAGCUCCAAGGAGGGCCCGACACUAACGAUAUCAAUGCAUUGAAGUUACAUCACGAUUUGCAGUAUCCACUUGUGCGAGUUUCAAAUAUCUACUGGGCCUACCACAUACAACGCAAGAAAAACGGAGACGAGACGAAAGUCUGGCUGAAUGCAAUGGUACGAUCGGUACAGAUUUUAGACGCAAGAUCAAAGGAAGAGAAGGAUGCUGGGCUGCUCGGAAUGAAAUUGGAGAAGAUUGGCGAGGUUUUCGAAACUGGAAAUCGACCGGAGGACGCCGUGACAUACUUCUUGCGGGCCAUUGAACACCACAUCCAAUCCGGGGUGCUUACAACUGCAGCUGGUUUAAUAUCAACAACGUCAGUUCAACGAGUUCUGGAGCUCUCCGAUGGGGCCAGCAUUAUUGGAAGGCUCUUAAGGUCAUUGCACUUAUCGUUCAUCAGGCAUGGGGUAAGGGGAAAAGAUCAAGUCGCCUAUUUUGACAAUGUAAACCUUACGGACGCAGAAAGAGGGUUUCUUCUGGAACUGCAGCUAGUACUGUUCAGCAAACACGCCUUGAAGACUCAACAUUGGGAUCCUGCACUCACGCCUUCUUUCUUAGAAAUGAGCAAUACGCUGCUCGAGUUAUACUCGGCCCGCAACUUUCCAGUCCGGCGGCAGAGGGUAGUAAUACUGCUCAUUCGACUUGCUGUGGAAAAACCCGAAAUUUCGCCCUUGUCAAGGUUGGACCCUCUGGAUCAAUUCAAGGUUACGGCCAAUGGAGACCUGGGAGAAGACUCAAACCUGGCAAAGUUUCAGGAUCACAUUCACGAAACGCUUAGCGUUCAACUGAACUUGUGUGAACCUUCUCCAUCGAUUCCGAAGUUGAAAGGAUCACUUCUUACCUGGCAAACGAUCCUUGAUUCCGCAGACUCCUGGUUCUCUUUGCUCGAUAAGGUCGACGACACCACUAAAUGGAUAACUCAGCUCGAGAUGAUCUCCGAUUAUCUAGCGAUAAAAGGUGAGGAGUAUCUUCGUAUUCCGGUUUUGAAUAUGAUCGUAAGGAUCUUGGAGCUUCGGGACGACAGCGACUCGACGCAAUCCGUAUUAGCCUUGUCUAAACUUGCACUACAACUUCUCGAACUUGGAUAUUCGGGAAAAGCUGGCCUGAAUCUAGCGAAGGCUCAAUCUAUCUUAUCAAACACAGAAGCAACAGCAGAGGCUCGGUUGCAUUGGCAUGUCGCUUAUGCAUUACUACUUGCGGAUGCAUCAUACGUCUAUUCGCUCUUUGCUAUGGAAAUUGGUAGGCACGAUGACGCACUUCGGUAUGCCAAACACUGUGUCACCCUCAAUAGACGGUGCUGGGGAACAAUUGAGAACAAAUCCAACGCGAAGAGAGCGCCUUUCACGGGAAGCACCGAUGCCGAGAUGGACGGCCUGACCGAGGGCGUCGCAAAUCUUUCGACUUCCGAGAGAGACGUACCUCAGGCCUGGUCAAUGACCCACGAGUCACUUAGCGGCACUGCACUUUGGCCUCAUGUGCCCUCUAUAUACCGCGGACUAACUCAUCAAUCGCAAGUAUACGCCCACCAGGGUAUGUUUCAAGAGGCCGUCUUUUUCGCCGACCAAGCCGAAAAGGUUGCAUCAGCCGUUGGAGCCGGAUCCCUAUUACUGGAUAAUAUAACGAAACGCGUGCAGUACUGGGCGAAUGGCGGAAGAGCCGAUAAGGCACAAGACGUUAUGGCAUUGGCAGAGCCUUCCUUCUCCCAGAAGCACCUAGGGUUGGCAUCAUUCCACCUUUCUUCUGCUGCAAUCUAUCGAGCAACUGGGGAGAUUGAUGAGGAGGUCGAGGCAUACAAGAACUGCGAGUCGCUGCUCCAGGUUCUUAGCCAGGACCCUUUCAUUCAUCAGCUAGACCGAAUCGUCAAUGCGGAAGAUUUCCUAGCGGAUCAGCUGUCAGGAAUGCACCUAGAUGUGCCAGAAAAGAAAUCAGUCAAGCCAGCAAGACAGCCUCGAGGGCGGAGACUAGCCGCGAAGCCUCCAGCGCGAACUGCACGGAAGACACCUGUAGCCAGAUCACCAACGCCGCAACCAAGCACCUGUGAGGAGUGUACACCAUUAUCCCAGCUCCAUGGGGACAUACUUCGACGAAAGGCAACGGCAAUGCUGAUCCAAAACAAAUUUACCCUCGCAGUUGAGCUUCUCGAAAAGGCAGAGGCUAUGCAGAUUGGACAGCAUAGUGCUCUACAGCAUCACCUGGCUAGUUUCAAAAGACUUGUUGCGCAAAGCAUGAAGGAUAUUUCGACUGAUUUCACGUUCAACACCCUGCCGGAGUCCACAAUAUCUUUCCCGGCCCUUGGUAGAGCGGAUCGCAAGCUGUCCGAAGGUGCUCGUUCGUCUCUUCUAUCCCCUGCAGCUCGAAGGACGUCGGUGUUGGCUGCGUCCGUGCGGGGAAAAGGCGCCGCAAAGGAGUAUUUCGGUGUGACGCUACAAAAGGCUCGUGAUUGCCUUUCAGAAAUCCACAAUAUGGCCUAUCAGAUUGGCGCAAACUCGAUCGUGAAUCAAGUUGGUCGUGCGCUGAGCUCUGUCACUGUACUGCUUUCGGCGGCACAUUGUGGGAUCAUCAAGGGCUCCCUGCACCCACUUUAUGUUGCUUACUGGUCUGAGCUACCUAAACAGCACACCCUUUUACUCGAACAGUCAGCCAUCAAGGCAGAUAAAGAUAAUCCGACUCGCGAGGAGCUGCUGAGCUGGCCGCAAUUCAAGUCAAAAGACAAUCCCGCUUACGCAUCUGCCGGCCAGUUUCAGAGAGAGUAUAUUGACAUAAUUCCGGACUCUUGGACCGCAGUUUCCCUGUCGUUAAACGAAGACCAGGAUGAGUUGUAUAUUACCCGAUAUCAUGCUGGACAGUCUCCCUUCAUUCUUCGGCUCCCCAUGGCAAGACAUAACUCUCGAGAUAUGGAUGAGGAAGUUUUCGGCUUCGAAGAUGGAAAAAGAGACCUUGCGGAGAUCAUCGACCUGUCCGACUUCAGCACUCAUAGUGGUCGAGACAUGGAAGCGAAGGGCGCCAAGGUGGAGUGGUGGACCGAGCGAGAGGCCUUGGACGCUCGCCUUCGCGACCUGCUUGUCAACAUUGAAAAUAUCUGGCUUGGCGGUUUCCGAGGCAUUUUCUCGCAACAUCUCCGCCAACCAAGCCUGUUAGCUCGCUUUCAAAAGUCUUUCCAAAACAUUCUCAACCGACAUCUGCCCUCGAGACAGGGACGAGGCCAGCAGAAGAAGCUCAAUUUUGACCCAAGAAUUUUGGAGUUGUUCAUUGGCCUUGGAGAUGCGACUAACGAAGAAAUCGAUCUCGAUGAACCACUAAUGGAUCUGGUAUACUUCGUGGUGGAUAUUCUCCAGUUUAACGGCGAGCGAAAUGCGUACGAUGAAAUCGACUUCGACGCCAUGGUAAUCGAAACGCUAGAUGCUCUUCGCGCUUACCAUUCGGCUUCCCACAAGGCACCUACCGAACAGACGCACACGAUUCUCAUACUCGACAAGAAUCUCCACGCUUUCCCAUGGGAGUCGCUCCCGUCGCUCCAAGCGUUGUCCAUCUCGAGACUCCCAUCCUUGGCUGCUCUUCGCGAACGGUUGCUCACAGCUAGGGCAAGCGCUUCGAGUUCUGAUAAAGAACCCAACCCGGGGCAUCAUAUCUGCUCUAGUGCUGGAGGAGCCAGCAUCCUCAACCCAUCCGGUGACCUAACGCACACCCAGAAAACCAUUCGCCCGCAUCUAGAUGGCAUGGAAGGGACCUGGAACCACAUCAUUGGCCGCGCUCCAGAGGAAAAGGAGUUCGAAGCCGCGCUUGGCCAGAAAGACCUCCUACUCUACUUCGGCCAUGGGAGCGGUGCUCAGUACAUUCGCUCACGAACCGUCAAGAAGCUCUACAACGGCCAAGGCUCUGCCAAUAUUUUCCCAACCCCUCCUUCGACAAACUCACAAAACAACGAGAAUGCGAACGGAAAGGCCGGCUGUGCUACCGCUCUGCUCUUCGGUUGUUCAAGCGCAUUGGUCGACGAACACGGCAUCUAUGAACCCUCUGGCAUGCUCUCCGCCUACAUGUCUGCCGGCGCCCCUGCUGUGCUGGGAAUGCUGUGGGAUGUUACGGAUAAGGACUGUGACCGUUUUGCCGUUAGGACAGGCGAGAUUUGGGGGCUGUGGCCUGAGCUUUCCUCCGCAGCAUCUCCUUCUAGAGAAACGGGGAGGAAAGAGAAAUCUGGAAUCGCAGGCAAGGUCCGCAAGCUUGUCAAGGAUGUUGAGAAGGCGAGGGGUGCGGGCUUUGGGCGUGGAAAGGGGAAGAAGGCGGACGUGAGCACGGGAGAGGAGGAGGGGGCCGAGGUGGUCAGGAGGAGGGGCGUGGGAUUAGAUGAGGCGGUCAGAGGGGGGAGGGAGGCGUGUGUGUUGAGGUAUCUGAAUGGAGCUGCGGCCGUCGUUUAUGGGAUUCCGGUAUUCUUGGAAUAG